AUGCAUAUUGCAGAUCUGGUGACCAUUCCGGAGGUUCUGAGUCUAGAGGAAGAUAGGUUUGACCAGGGCCUCACAGCUGCUGAAAUAGACGCCCUUCUUGCUGUCCCUGUCAAAGAUACUGACUUCUGGAAGCUUGACAGUUCUGUGGAAAUUGUACCAGGCACUCCACCAUCAGCAGAUCCAAAGCGCACUAAACCUACAAGAAAACGCAAGCACAAGGAUGAAAUAAGGGAUGAUAUGGUUGGCAGUCAGGGGGUGGGGGAGGGACCCCAAGUGUCCAGCAUUGAGGACAUUACCAUGAAGGAGGUGCCCUCCUUUGUAACAGACCCUCUUCUCUCCCCACAAAGACAGAUACCAGAAGAGCAGGACCUGCCCAUGAUGACAGGUGAAGACCUUGCCCAGCUGUUGGGUGUCCCGGAGGAGCCCCUCCCCCCAGGGCCAGACCAGAUGCCCACGAGCACCCCUGCACAUGGCGGUCCUCAUCCCAGGACUAACAUUGAGAGCCCGAUUCUGUCACAGACUUUAGCCAACCUUACCCCAGAGCGUGUUAUAGUUCCUGGAAUUCCUGAGGUCCCGGAGAUGAGAAAUGCUCCUCCUUCACCUGGUGUCACACAGUUAGGCAGCCCGCAACAAAAUCAAGUCAGGCCGCGUGAAUCAUUACAGCUAGAACUAGCUCCUGUCACCCCUAGUCCAGGCAGUAAAAGACGCCGCAAACAGCUUACAUUUGCCGAUACAGAGACACAAAUCUCCCGAGCCAAGAUGAGAGAAAACAUGGAAACCACCUCUAACAUUAUAGAACCAUUCGUGUUGAAGGAUUUCAAAGGAACAGAUGCAAAUGAGCUGCUGGCCAAAUCUGCAGAUAAAGCCCUUCACAAAGAGCCAUGGCUGUCAAUGUGGAAAAAGAUGGCUGUGUUUCGACGCAACAUCCCGGAGAAUCUGUUGUCUCAUGCUGUGACCCCCCCACAUGAGAUCCCCGAAAUCCAACUUGAGAUUGAACAAAUGCAGCAGGCAGGGAUACCCCAGGAAACACUACAGCCGCCUGAGCAGCACUCCCUGGUUGAAGGCUUGUCACUUGUUGAUGAGAACAGUCGACUGUUGAGAGUGGAUGAGACAAGCUUACUGCAGGCGCAGCUAUCUCCAGUCAUGGCCCCACCUCCACAUGAGCCAAAACGUGGCAGGAAACGAUCAAGUGUUGACAAGUCCAUUGAGGAAAUGAGAAAGAUCGCAUCAUUGUCCGAGUCUGGGGCGAGGAUAGGAGACAUUUCCCUGACAGACAUGGAAAAGUCCACACAGGAAGGAGAGCGGACAAGGACCUCCACAAAGCGUAGGACACUCUCCACUUCCCAGCCGAUUUUUGAGGAUGUUCCCACCCAAACCCCCUCUGUCAGUUCUUUCCACACAUCUUCGACGGGCAGUCGGGUGCUGUUUGAUGUCGUUGAAGAGCCACUGUUUCCUUUCAUUGCGGUGCCCAUACGGGAGGAGGUUGCAGAUACGGGCUUCCUGAUGGACAUGAUCAGCUCCAUAGAGCAACAACUUGGUGUGGAGCAAGAGGACUACACAACGUUUGCUGACAUCUGUCCGCCAGAAGAGGUGGACAGGAAAACUGCAGCCACCAAAUUCCAUGGCCUCCUUGAGUUGUGUGCCCGUAGACGAAUCAAAGCCACUCAGGAUGAGAGCUAUGGGGAAAUCCAAAUACGCCUUGCAGAAUAGAAAGCAAACAUAUAAACAAGCUGCAAUAUGGGGCUAUUCAAACAGCUUUGCAGGAGAGACAGUCAAAAUACGCCUUACAGAAUAAAAAGUCAAAAUAGCCUUGCAGAAGAGAGAAAAAAUACUCCUUGUAGAAUUGAAUGUCAGAAAACGCCUUUUAGAGUUGACACAUUCCAUAUAUGAUUCUGACCAUCAGCUGAUAUAUUAGACAUAGCCCCUUUAUCUUCACAAGAUGUUUUAGAUUAUACUUUUUAUAUUUGAUAAUUAUUUCUCAUGUAUAAAUGUCUUAUUCUUGAAGUAUUCUUUUAUUUUAUUAUAUAAUAUUUUUAAUGAGCACCAAUAAGCAAUGUUGACAUGGUUAUACAUGUGUCAUUUAAUUUAAACAGAGAGGAGUUCAUAUAUAUUUGUUCAUUUACUGAAGUAACAGUCAGAUUCUGUACCUGUACCCGGCAAGUAAGUGCCUUGCUGAAGAAUUGUGUGUUAAACAGUUCAUUAACAGAAACUAGAUGUAACUAUAUUUUUAACAUUGUUUUUAUUGUUUGCUGUUUUAAAUGUUUGAAUGUUAAGUUUGUUGAUUUACUCUUGUUAGUUUGUUAUUUAGGCCACAAUCAUCAAAUCUGUUGUUUGGCAUUCCCCCGAGCCACAUUUAGGUGGAAGCUAGGUUGGCGUGGGUUUUUUUUUACAUCCAAAACCCUUUAAAUCUGUAUUAAAGAAAAAAAGAAGAGAAAAUAACCUCUGCUAAUAAAAAUAAUUGUGUAGGGAAACGCCAAACUAUAUAGUUGUUGAUU